AUGGAUCCUACCGGCUCCCCGAAGAAGACCCAGGAGGACGAUAGGUCCCGCCAGGCCAAGGGGAUUCCGCAGCGGUCGGAUAAAAGAGAGCCCACCAGAGUUUCUCCCGCGGCGACGGAAACCUGGGACGGGAAGGCAGCGAUGGCGUCCGCUGGAGAGAAGGAUAACCAGGGGGGAGCAUCGAACGAGAAGGACGAAGGGAAGAAGCUGGCGCCUAAGAGGAGCUCAAACAAGGACAGGCACACCAAGGUAGACGGCAGGGGGAGGAGGAUCAGGAUGCCGGCUCUCUGCGCCUCCAGGAUCUUCCAGCUUACCAGAGAGCUGGGCCACAAGUCCGACGGGGAGACCAUCCAGUGGUUGCUGCAGCAGGCCGAGCCCGCCAUCGUCUCCGCCACAGGCACUGGCACCAUCCCGGCCUCCGCGAUGGUCAGCGCCGCCGGCUCCGUAUCGCAUCAGGCGGCCGCCGUUUCUGUCGGCCUCCACCAGAAGGUCGACGAAUUGGGAGAAAGCAUCGGUUCCGCCGCGAGGGCUAACUGGACCAUGCUCGGAGGGGCCGUGGGUCGGUGGCCCCAAGCCGGCGGAUUGACGCCGGGGUUCAUCCACGCCACCGCAAUCCCGUCGACGUCGAACUUGGGGAGCGGCGGCGGCGCCGCCGCCGCAGGCUUCUUGCCCCGGAUUGGAGUGCACGCCCUGGAGAUGCAGGGGCCCGGCUUAGGGCCCAUGGGUUUUGCCUCAAUACUGGGUGGCGGCGCGCAGCAGCUUCCGGGGCUGGAGCUGGGGCUCUCCCAAGAGGGUCAUAUCGGGGUCUUGAAUCCCCAGUCACUGAGCAACUACUAUCGGCAGAUGGGGCAGGGGCGAGGAGGAGGAGGAAGCGAGCAGAUGCAGCAGCACCACCAGCACCCUCAUCGGCAUCAUGAACGGCUGCCGCGGCAGCAGCAGCAACAAACGCAGCAGCAGGCUCAACGCCAAGAACAGCAGUCGCCACUGGAGAAGGAUGACUCCCAAAGUUCCUGA